AGCGUGGCAGGCUAUGGGAUGGAUGAAGCCGAGCAGGACCAGUAUGAAGCUCGUCUCAAAGAGCUCUUCGACAGCUUCGACAGCACGGGGACGGGGUCGCUGGGGCAGGAGGAGCUCACCGAUCUCUGCCACAUGCUGCAUCUGGAGGAGGUGGCCCCGGCGCUGGAGCAGACCCUCCUCCAAGGCAACCUCCUAGGCAGGGUCCACUUUGAUCAAUUUAAAGAGGCACUUAUCCUCAUCUUAUCCAGAACCCUGUCAAAUGAAGAACCUUUCCAAGAACCAGAUUCUUCCCCAGAAGUGCAGCCCAAGUACAUCAAAGGUGGCAAACGCUAUGGCCGACGGUCCCUGCCGGAGUUCCAGGAGUCGGUGGAGGACUUUGCCGAGGUGACCGUCAUCGAGCCGCUGAGCGAGGAAGCACAUCCCCCGAACAUCACCCCCAGGGGCUGCGAGGAGCACUGGAAGACACGAGACAGCGAGGAGUACGAGGCUGAGGGGCAGCUGCGCUUCUGGAACCCAGAUGACCUGAACGCUUCCCCUGGAGCAUCGCUGCCCACCCCGGACUGGAUAGAGGAGAAACUACAGGAGGUCUGCGAGCACCUCGGCAUCACCAGGGACGGCCACCUGAACCGCAAAAAGCUCAUCUCCAUUUGUGAGCAGUACAGGCUCCAAGCGGCGGCCGGGGAGGUGCUUGAAGAUGUGCUCCAUAACCUAGAGCAAGAUGGCACCAUGAGCGUAGAGGACUUCUUCUACGGCUUGUUUAAAAACGGAAAGUCGCUGACCCCCUCAGCGUCUACUCCAUACAGACAGCUGAAACGACACCUCUCCAUGCAGUCCUUCGAUGAGAGCGGACGGCGCAUGACCACCCCUUCGGCCAUGCCCAGCACCAUCGGCUUCUGCCUCUUCUCCAGCCUGGACGAUGGGAUGGGCUACGGCUGCGUGGAGAGCGUCCUCGACUGCUGGCACCAAGAGGGCGUAGAGAACAGCCAGGAGAUCCUGAAGGCUUUGGAUUUCAGCUUGGAUGGGAAGGUGAACUUGACAGAGCUGACACUGGCGCUGGAAAAUGAGCUUUUAAUAACCAAGAAUGGAGUCCACCAGGCAGCUCUGGCGAGCUUCAAAACGGAGAUCAGACACUUGCUGGAGAGGGUUGACCAAGUGGCCAGAGAGAAAGAGAAGCUGCGGUUGGACCUGGAAAAAGCUGAAAAGCUGAAAUCCCUGAUGGCCUCCGAAGUGGAUGACCACCACGCUGCGAUUGAGCGCAGGAACGAGUACAACCUCAGGAAGCUGGACGAGGAGUACAAGGAACGAAUUGCAGCUUUAAAGAACGAGCUCCGAAGAGAGCGGGAGCAAAUCUUGCAGCAGGCUAAUAAACAGCGGCUGGAGCUGGAGCAGGAGAUAGAAAAGCUGAAAACAGAUGAGAACUAUAUGCUGGACCGCCUCACCCUUUCCCUGAAGGAAAACAGCCGCCUUGAAAGUGAACUAUUGGAAACAGGAGAAAAACUGGCCGAGUAUGAAAGUUUGGCAAGCAAGCUGCAGAGGAACUUGGAAAACGUCCUGGCUGAGAAGUUUGGUGACCUGGAUCCCAGCAGCGCGGAGUUUUUCCUGCAGGAGGAGAGACUGGCGCAGAUGAGAAGCGAGUACGAGCGGCAGUGCAGAGAGCUGCAGGACCAGAUAGAUGAGCUGCACUCGGAGCUGGAGGAGUACCGUGCCCAAGGCAAAGUGCUCAGGCCUUCGCUGAAAAAUUCCCUGUCAGAAGAGUUCGACAUGGAUAUGAAAAGUCAUGGCAACAGUGGCAUUGAGCCUGACCAAGGACUUGGUUCAGAAGACUGCAACCCGUUAAAUAUGAGCAUAGAGGCAGAAAUGGCUAUUGAACAAAUGAAGGAGCAACAUCACAGGGAUCUACAUCACCUCAAACAGGAGCUGGAAGACACAGUGAGCCAUUACAAAAAGCAGCUGGAUGAGACAAAAAUCCACUGUGAGAAAGAGCAAGAGGAUAUGAGGAAGAAGUACACUGAGGAGAUGCACGUCAUGGAAAAGCAAAUAACGGGCCUUAAAAACCAAAUUGUGGAACUGCAAGGAGAGGCGGCAGCGCUCAGAGAACAGCAAGAAAAGCUUGACUGUAAAUAUAAUGAUGAGAAAAAUAAAUUACAAAUUAGUUUUGAUGAGGAAAAAGCCAAUCUGCAAGAACUAUUGAGGCAGGAGCAUGAAGAAGACGUUAGAGCCAGACUGGAAGAGGUAAAAGAGAAGUUUAGUCAAGAACGGGAAGAACUGAUUCAAAGUGGUGUCUGGGUGAAAGAAAAAAUGAGAGUUUUGGUGCAGACACUGCAGGAAGAGAAGGGAGAGCUGGAAUGUGGCUUUCACGAGCAGCUGAAGAGGAUGGCAGAGGUGCAUGCCCUGGAGAAGGAAGAACUCCAGCAAGAGCUGCUGAGAAAGCACGAGCAGGAGCUGGAGGAGGAAAGGAAAAAAAUGGAAAGUGACUAUAACAGAAGAGCAUCUCAUGCAGAAAGUCACUUUUCUGUCGACACACAAACACUUGUGAAUAAAUACGAAGAAAUAAUCCAAAAUCUGGAAGAACGUUACCAUCGAGAGUUGCAUGAACUUGCCGAACAGCAAAGAGAGGAGAAAUCUCAGUGGGAGUUUGAAAAGGAUGAAAUUGCUCAGGAGGUUGCGGAAGCUCAUGAGCAACUGAAGCAAAGCCUGGCAAAGGAAAAGGCUGUUUGUUCUGCCCUGACACAGGAGAAAGAGCUCAUGGAGAAAAACUUCAAGGAAGAAGUGAACAAGCUUGUGUGCGAGAGAGAGCAGCUUCAGAAGGAGCUGCGAGACCUGAGGAAUGCUGCUGAGAAGCAAGAGAAAAAGCUGAAUGAUGAAAUAAAAAAACUCCAAAAUGACCACGAAAAAGAGCUAAAGAACAAAGAAGAGCUUCUAUCUGCGGUGGAGGAAGAUGGGAAGCUGUUUAGGCAAAAGCUGGAGAGGCUUGACAGCGAACAUAAGCAAGAGAAAGAAGAACUCAAUUCCAAACUUCUUGUUUUGGAGAGUUUAAACAAAGACAUUUGCAUAAGAGCAGAAUCAGAAAAGGCUGAGAUGAGUCUGGAAAUCUCAGACCUUCAAGAGAAGAUACAGAAAUUGCAGUGGGAGGCCCAUAGUUUUUCCGCACUACAAAAUCAUUAUAGGGUCCUAGAAAAUGAGUAUGCAAAAGCAAAGAGCAAAAUUGCUUCUUUCUGUGGUAUGGUGCCUCUGGGAGAUGAUGCAGAUGUCCUCUUAAAUCUGCAGAAAGUGCACGAGCAAGCUGUGAAGGAAAACGUCCGAAUGGCUGCGGAGAUCGUCUGGCUGCAGCACAGGUUGCAAGCUGCGGAGCAGGAGCCCAUGCGACCUCCCAGUCCUGGCUGCUCCGACUCCAUCUCAGAAGGAUCUCAGCUGCCAGGGGAAAUAGAUCCCAUUUUUGGAGGGUUGCCCAGCGAUUGUAAAGAUGCAGACCAGGGAACAGAUUCGAAUGUCCUUCAGCUUUUGGAGGCUGAUAGUACAGACCUGGAAGAAAUGACUGAGAUGGAUUCAGAUUUGGAGAAAGCAUGUGUCAUACCCAGAGCAGGUGGCCAUGCUCUCAAGGUACAGAUGUGUCAGCUGGAAGGAAGUACAGCAGCACUGGAAGCUGAUGGCAGUCAGGAUUGUGACAAGAAUCAAGAGCUGCUUUCUCAGGUGCCUCUGCUGCAAAAAAAGAGAGAUCUCGAGAAAACUCUUGAGAGAGUACCCAGACCAAAAAUGCUACACAAUGAUAUUAAACAGCAUGAGAUUCAUCUGCUAAAUCACAGAAUAACUCCCAAAAAGAAAGGGUUUGUUUCUGAUGCUUUGAAGCUGCAAGUUGAGCUUGAGAAGGGUGAAGAACUGAGUGAAACCUCUCUCCAGUUUGAUCAUGCUCCUGGGUCAACAAAUGGUGACCUGAAAAGUGUAAUAGCUCAGCUUUGGAAAAGGGUUGAAGAGUUACAAGACAGAUCAAUGGCACAGGCUAAACUUCUGUCACUACAAGAAGCAAUUCAGGUAGAAAAUGAGGAUCUGAAAUCUGAAAUGAUAAAGUUAGUUGAAAGAAAUAAAGUGCUAGAAGAUAACCUGUGUAAGCUGAGAAACCUUCACUGCAAACUAGAAGAAAGUAAACUGGAAAUUAUCAAGCUCAGAGAGGAGAAAACACAGCUCCUCCAAAAAGUUAAAGAAUUGGAAGAUGUACAAGAACAACUUGCACAAGGAAUCGUAGGACAGCAAGACAAGCAUGCCCAAAGCGAGAGCAUGCCGCUGCAAAAAAAGGAGCUGCAAGAGCCCAGCGGAAAGCUGAGGGAGAAAGCUGCUGGUCUGGUUAACCCAAACAACAAGCAUUUCCAUGAAGAGAGAGAGAAGAGGAAUACAGUGACGCACGGCUUACAAAGCACGUGCACCGAGCUCCAGCAAAAAGUUGAUCUUCUGAGAUGUGAAGCCGAGAAGCUCAGAGAAGAAAAUGCUAUUCUCAAAAAUGAAGUGAGUUUAUUAAAUGAGGAAGGCAGUGCUUCCAGCCUGAAACUGAGGGAGCUAAACGGAUCCCGAGAAGAAAUGAGACAAAAGAUAGAGGCUGUGAGAAAGGAGAAGGUGGCUGUACAGAAGAUGGUUGACAACCUGAAAAAGCAGGUAGCAGAUCUGAAGACCAGAAACCAGCAGCUGGACUCUGAAAAUACAGAACUUAGCCAGAGGAACUCCAAAAAUCAAGCAGAUGUGCAGGAUCUUAAUCAACAGCUGGCAAGGAUGCUCAAGCAAAAGGAAAGGGAAGCAGGAAAGUGUACCCUGGAGGAAUGGGAAAAGGAGAGACUGGCACUGAAAGAGGAACUGGAAAACUCCAAAGUAAAG